AUGGAUCGUGAGUAUCGUGCGCUUUUUACAUCACAGAGAAAACGCAGUCUCUUAAAACGUGUUCAAGAGACUGGUCAUGUUAACUUUACUCUGUCAGCUAAUCACCGAGCCCACGGUGACGUUUAUGAGUGGGCUCGUGGUUGUUUAUAUGUGACAGACAUGAGAACUGUCAACAAGUGA